GGGGUCAUAGUUGAAUACAGCAAGUGGGGGGACUCCUGGCACUCCGCCACGUCCAACGACCUCGAAAAUUUGCCCCGCUUGUUUUCUUCGUCUCUGGCUGGGUAUCACACAAAUACUAGGUCAUUUUGAAUCCGAUUCGUUACUAGAACCUGGACGAACUCGAUAUCUUGGCCCGAGCUUCGUCAUUUCGCAACCCUGAAGAUGGGAUUCAGACAAGGAGCUAUCCUUGCAUCGUGCUCUUUUUUCCUUGGUGUACUCUUCAUAUGCUUCUUUGUUGAUUACCGCAUUCUGCAUCAAGAGUUGACAGAGGAGAUUAUUGAAGACGGUUUCCAAUUUUAUGCCACAUUCUUCAAUGCACCACCCGCAAUCAAGGCGCUGCUACAUGGCUUCAUGGGAGUUGGUAUUUUGGGGCUCGUGGCGAAACUGCAUAAGUGGGAUGAGAGUGCCAUCUUUUUUGACGGAUCAAGUCUGGCGGCAUACAUUUUCGCAGUAGCUGUCUACCUUGCAGUGACAGUUCCAUCCCUGCGAACCAUUGUCACCCCUGUAGAAGUCGAUACACGGGCGGACCGUAUCGAAGCUAUGCAAAUACUCGCAGCGGGUAACACCAUUAUGAUGGUAGUCCUUACUGCCAUUCUUGUACUUCAGGGCGGACAAGAGUACGCGCGCCGCGCAGAGGUGAGAGAGCUGGCGAAAAUCGAGGAGGAACUGAAGGCCAAAGGGAGUGCCAGUGCUGGGAAAGCCAAGAAGGAGUAAACGCUCUGCUGGUGUGCGAAACGGGAGGACAGACAUACUCAGUCAAGGCGUUCCCUGGCUAUGGACACUGUCAUUGUCCAUCCAAAUUCCGCAUCCCGGUAUACGUUUGUCAUCGGACUGUCUUAGGAACAUGUUAAAUGGUGAUCCUUUGCUGCUCUGCCGUUUCUUUUACUAGUGUAAUGGUUUACUAUGAUAACCAAGUACUACGGUAGUGCUGUUACUUGAUUAGGUUGUGUGUACUGCGUAAUUAGUGGCAUCAAAUUAUACCCUCAAAGUAGAUCAUGAAAAGUC